CUAGCUAGCUAGGGAUCUUUGUGUAUAAGCUAAAGCUGAGGCUGAACACAGACAAGUUAACGUACUUGGGUAUCAGGUACAGUGUUUUGAUCGAAACAGUGCGGGAGUUUACAGAGAAGAGGCAAGGUUGUUUCAGGAAGCUCUUUGAUCUUACUUGCACGAGGGGAUAACCAGCCCCGCCCACUAACAUGCUAAAAGUGGGCGUAGCUGAUGACAGAGUCAUGGAAACAAGCUAAAGUCAAAAGAGUGAGAAAUGAGUUCCAGUGCUCAAGCAGAGAGUGUUAUAAAGAACAUUAUACGAGAGAUUUGUCUGGAGUGUAGCUCCCAAGGGCAGAAUGUCUCUGAAACCUUGGCUGCUUUCAUGUACUGUCCUGUCACAGGUGAAAGCUGCUGUGCUCGACCCUGAUAAUGAGUUCAAUGUUGAGCGGACGCUGACCAAAGAAGACGUCCAAAAACUCAUACAGACGUGUGUGAGUCACCUGCUGGACCUCACCUCUCCUGCUCUGGACACAGUUAAGAUGCAGGUCCACUUUGAUAUGAAUUACUCUUCAAGAUCUGAGUUCUUGCAAGAGCAUCGCCAUGUUUUAGAGGCUCGAUUGGAGCCCAUUAUACGGGACAUAGCUGACACCAGAGCUAGGAGCAGGGAGGAGCUAGAAGGUUUAUACAGGAAGAUAGUUUCGUAUGCUCUCCUUCGCUCUGGUCUGGGUUCCCCCACUGAGAUUGCCGUGGUCAGGGAAGCUACUGCUGCCCUCCAGAGUGUGUUUCCCCAGGCCGAGCUGGGUACAUUCAUGGCUCUGAGUAAACUGGACAAGGAGAAACAACUGAGGGAACUGACCAGUAUCGUGACUGGCAUCAGACUAUUCAACAAGGAAUGUGGGAAGGGAGGAGCUGGCAUAGACGAUUUGCCGAUAAUUCUGAAGGAUGCUUUACAAGUUACUAGUCAGAGCAUUGAAGGAGAAAUGGGCAAGACCCUCAAGAUGGUGUAUCAACUAACAGGUGUUCUAAUGGAGAUCAUCGGUUCCCCCCACCCUCCGCCCACUCAACCAUCCGUGCUCCUAAUGAAACAAGCUCUUAUCAACUGUCGACAACGCGAGUCAUUCAUCAAAGUACUCAUGAGGGACAUUCUCACGUGUGCUGAGCACUUGGACCAGCUAGAGGAGGAGUUCAGUUCUGGUAUGGAGUCUCUCAAGGAGAUUGUCCAGUCCAAGACGGCCGUACCAACCUCUCACGUCUAUCCGCUGUUCCUGUCACUGUCUCAGACCUGGAUGGGUUUCCAAGAUGAGGUGGUUCUGCUCAGUGUCCUCAGUAACCUGCUCACAAGUCUCAACCCAUUCAUUCAGAAUGUGAUUGAUUUGACUGAGAGUGCUGCGUUCCAGGCCCUCCUACAAGCUGCCACUGUCCUCACUGACGACCAGCGGAGGGAACAGAGCUCCAGUACUGAUGCUCGUGUGAAUCCAGACAAGCACAGGAAGGCAGAGUUCUUAUUCCCGGAAACCACAAAGGACUUUGAGCAGCUUCCCAUUGAGUUUAGGGGCUACUGUGGAUACAUGUUCACAGUCAACGAUCGUCUUCUCCUGCCUGCCAAUCCUUCUAUAGGGCUACUCCAUCACAGGGGCAAGUACUACGCUUUCUCUUGCAAGGAGGCCGCCGAUAUAUUUGCAGAAAAUCCUGAUGAGUUCCUGUCAACAGCAGUGGAGAACAGUAAGAGAUCACCAGAGCUCAUCCAGCUGCUGGACAUGCACACCCACUUUGCCUCAGGGACACCGGGCAUGAAGGGUGGACGAGAGCAGUUGAUCCAUGCUCCAGUUACCAAGUGUGACACAGGCACUCAAACAGACACACACUUUGUGGAGAGCAAUAUUGUCAAGUCCUACGAGUGGAACGAAUGGGAACUGAGGAGAAAGGCCAUUAAACUGGCUAACUUGCGUCAGAGAAUCACUCAUUCCGUGCAAACUGACUUGAGCCACUACAAGAGAGACAACACAACACAAGUCUAUCUGCCAAAGGAAGAUGUGACUCAGACUAAACGUGAGGAAAGCAGCAGUGUACCCAAACCAUCUACCUACAUUGUGGGACUUAGAGGAAAAGACAUUGCCCCCCAAACAGUGGACUUGACUCUUUCUAUACACAUGCAUAACAACAUCACUACAUAGCUAGUCAUUUUACCAAAUUGUGUACAAUAAUUACCAGUCUCAUGAA